CGGAAAGAAGCGUGGGUACUUCAGUAACACGCCCAUAAAUAGACGUCUGACUCGGAAGCUUGGGAGGGCCCAGCUUUGGGAAGAAUUAUGGCUGCCACCGGUGUGUUGCCCUUCAUCAGAGGAAUAGAUCUUACUGGAAAUGAAUUCAAGGGUGGUUACUUUCCUGAACAUGUGAAGUCCAUGACCAGCCUGCGAUGGCUGAAAUUGAACAGAACAGGACUAUGCUACCUGCCAGAAGAAUUGGCUGCUCUGAAAAAGCUGGAACAUCUGUCCGUGUGCCAUAACAGCUUAACCACAUUACAUGGGGAACUGUCCAGUCUGCCAUGCCUAAGGGCAAUAGUGGCUCGGGCUAACAGCCUGAAGAAUUCUGGUGUUCCUGAUGAUAUAUUUCAGCUGGAAGACUUGUCUGUCUUGGAUCUCAGCUAUAAUCAGCUGACAGAAUGUCCAAGAGAGCUGGAAAACUCUAGAAAUAUGCUAGUCCUCAAUCUAAGUCAUAACAGCAUCGAUAACAUCCCAAACCAGUUGUUCAUCAAUCUCACAGAUCUUCUCUACUUGGACCUCAGUGAUAAUCAGCUGGAGAGCCUGCCCCCUCAAAUGCGACGGCUUGUGCAUCUGCAGACCCUCAUUCUUAACAACAACCCUCUCAUGCAUGCCCAGCUCAGGCAACUUCCUGCACUGAUCGCUUUACAGACAUUGCACCUUAGGAACACACAGCGCACCCAAACUAAUCUUCCCACCAGCUUGGAGGCCCUUACUAACUUAGCAGAUAUUGACCUGUCCUGUAAUGAUUUGACCAGAGUCCCCGAGUGUCUAUAUACUCUUUCUAACUUGAAACGCCUGAACCUUAGCUCUAAUCAAAUCGCAGAACUAUCACUAUGCAUUGAUCAGUGGACACAGCUUGAAACCCUCAACCUUUCCAGAAACCAACUUACUUCUCUUCCGUCUGCUAUCUGCAAGCUUACCAAGCUGAAAAAGCUGUAUAUUAACUCAAACAAGCUGGAUUUUGAUGGCAUUCCAUCAGGUAUUGGAAAACUUGCAAACCUGGAAGAAUUUAUGGCUGCUAAUAAUAACUUGGAACUUAUACCAGAGAGCUUGUGCAGAUGUGGCAAGUUAAAGAAACUGGUUCUUAACAAGAAUCGUCUUGUCACAGUUCCAGAAGCUGUUCACUUCCUUACAGACCUUGAGGUAUUGGAUGUUCGGGAGAACCCAAGCUUGGUGAUGCCUCCAAAACCAGUGGACAGAACAUCUGAAUGGUAUAAUAUUGAUUUCUCACUACAGAAUCAAUUGCGAUUGGCUGGAGCAUCGCCUGCCACAGUUGCAGCUGCUGGAGGAGGAAGUCCUAGUAAGGACUCAACAGCCAGGAAGAUGCGUUUGCGGAGGAGGAAAGAUUCCUCUCAGGAUGACCAAGCAAAACAAGUACUGAAAGGAAUGAGUGAUGUGGCACAGGAAAAAGUGAAGACUGAGCAAGAAAGUGGUGAUAUGAAAUACAGUGAUCUGAAGGCAAGAAGAUGGGACCAGGGCUUGGAGAAGCCUCGUCUAGACUACUCUGAGUUUUUCACUGAGGAUGUUGGACAGAUUCCAGGUGUUACUAUAUGGCAAAUUGAAAACUUCGUCCCUGUUAUUGUUGAUGAAGCUUUCCAUGGGAAGUUCUAUGAAGCAGACUGCUACAUUGUGCUUAAGACAUUCCUGGAUGAAAAUGGAGCUCUAAACUGGCAUAUUUACUACUGGAUUGGACAGGAAACUACAUUGGAUAAGAAAGCCUGCUCAGCUAUCCAUGCUGUGAACCUUCGGAACUACCUUGGAGCAGAGGGCAGGACAAUCAGAGAGGAAAUGGGAGAGGAAAGCGAAGAAUUUACAGCAGUAUUUGAUGGCGUGAUUUCUUACAUCGAAGGAGGAACAGCCAGUGGAUUCUACACUGUGGAAGACGCUCAGUAUGUCACCAGGCUGUAUCGUUCUUAUGGUAAGAAGAAUAUUAAAAUGGAGCCCGUACCACUGAAAGGGUCUUCACUUGAUCCACGGUUUAUUUUCCUACUGGAUAAUGGUUUGCUAAUUUUCAUCUGGAGAGGAGCUCAAGCCACCCUCAGUGGAAGUACAAAAGCCAGACUGUUUGCAGAGAAGAUCAAUAAAAAUGAGAGGAAGGGCAAAGCUGAAAUUAUACAGCUGGUACAAGGCCAGGAAACACCAGAGUUCUGGGAAGCCUUGGGAGGACAGCCUGAAGAAAUCAAGGUGAACGUUCCCGAUGACUUCCAGCCUCCAAAGCCUAAGCUGUACAAGGUUGGCCUUGGGUUGGGGUAUUUGGAGCUUCCCCAGAUUAAUUACAAACUGUCUGUAGAGCAUAAGAAGAAGCCAAAAAUUGACCUUCUUCCAGAUAUGCGACUGGUUCAAAGUCUUCUGGAUACUAAAUGUGUUUAUAUUGUGGACUGCUGGUCUGAUGUGUUUAUUUGGAUCGGACGCAAGUCUCCACGUUUGGUCCGUGCUGCAGCACUGAAACUAGGGCAGGAGCUCUGCAGUAUGUUACACCGUCCCAAACAUGCAAUGGUCAUCCGAAACCUUGAAGGAACUGAGUGCCAGAUAUUUAAGUCGAAAUUUAAGAACUGGGAUGAUGUUUUAAAGGUGGACUACACUCGAAAUGCUGAUACUGUGCUAAAGAAAGAAGGGCUGAUGGGAAAAGUGAAGAAAGAUGCUGAGAGCAAAGAUAACAUGAAGGCCGAUCUAACAGCUCUCUUCCUGCCACGCCAACCACCCAUGCAAUUGGCAGAGGCUGAACAGUUGAUGGAGGAGUGGAAUGAAGACCUUGAUGGAAUGGAAGGAUUUGUUCUGGAAGGGAAGAAGUUUGCACGAUUACCCGAGGAAGAAUUUGGACACUUUUAUGUGCAAGACUGCUAUGUCUUCCUUUGCAGGUAUUGGGUACCGGUUGACAAUGAAGAAGAAAACAAAGAAAACAAGGAUGAGGAAGAGGGUGACGAUGAAGAUAAGCAGCCCGAAGAAGAUUUUCAGUGUGUUGUUUAUUUCUGGCAAGGCCGAGAGGCAUCUAACAUGGGAUGGCUGACUUUUACAUUCAGCCUGCAGAAGAAGUUUGAGAGCCUUUUCCCUGGCAAACUGGAGGUAGUACGGAUGACACAACAGCAGGAAAACCCCAAAUUCCUCUCUCAUUUCAAGAGGAAGUUCAUUAUUCACAAGGGGAAGAGGAAACAGAAGGAGAAUCUCCAGCCAAGUUUAUACCAUAUCCGAACUAAUGGCAGUGCACUGUGCACUAGAUGCAUUCAGAUUGCCACAGAUGCCAGCCUUCUGAAUUCCGAGUUCUGUUACAUCCUUAAGGUACCCUUUGAAAGUAUAGAUAACCAAGGCAUUGUGUAUACCUGGGUAGGAAGAGCUGCAGACCCAGAUGAGGCCAAGCUUGCCGAAGAAGUCAUGAACCACAUGUUUCAUGACUCCUACAGCAAGCAGGUGAUAAAUGAGGGAGAAGAACCUGAAAACUUCUUCUGGGUUGGUAUUGGUGGACAGAAGCCAUACGAUGAGGAUGCAGAAUAUAUGAAACAUGCCAGACUGUUCAGAUGCUCCAAUGAGAAGGGAUAUUUUGCAGUCUCAGAGAAAUGUUCGGACUUCUGUCAGGAUGACCUGGCAGAUGAUGAUAUUAUGUUGCUGGACAACGGAAAAGAGGUCUACAUGUGGGUUGGAACACAGACCAGUCAAGUGGAGAUCAAGCUUAGUCUCAAAGCAUGUCAGGUUUAUAUCCAGCACAUGCGGUCAAAAGAUGCAGAACAUCCACGCAAGCUACGGCUGGUCCGUAAAGGGAAUGAACAGCAUAAUUUUACGCGCUGCUUCCAUGCCUGGAGCAGUUUUCGGAAACCACCAGCUUAAAUUAUACAAAAAUCCAAAGCACAAGCUUCUACUCAAGCAGUGGGAUUUAUGAAUGUAAUGAAAGGAGAGAUAACCUAGACUUUGCAAAUAUUUGUUCAAGGACUUUAACAGUCACCAAGAAAGCAGACCUGAGAAAGUCUUUGUUAAACUUUAAGAGAUGAAGGAACACUUUAGGGGUUUUGUUGCAUAUUUCUAGCAUGAAAUAGAUGCAUCAGUGUUGCAGGGCCAACACUGAAUUAUGCUAAAGCACUUUGCAGUUACUGUAACUUCUCCCUUCCUCCCCACAUUUUAAUAUAUUCUGCUCUUUUAAUUUUGAACAGCUGUGAGUUUGACUAUUAUCAUUAAAAUACUUUUAAGAAAAUUCAGUUUGCUGUAAUAAAUUGUCUGUAUCUGCAGCCAGGUAUCAUGUACCUGUGUAUGUCUAAGGUUACAGACUUAAUAGUGCAUCACUGUGAUAAUAACAGAAUGUUGGACCAUUUAUUCUGCUCCAUGCUUUCUUGGAAGGAUUAUAACCAUAGGUAUCAUGCUUCAAAGUUGAUGGUGCCAUAAUCUGUCUUGCUUACAACUUAAAGUAUUUUAUGAUAAAGAAGUCAUUGUUUCAUUUCCAUGAGGCUGGAUCCGUGCAUGUGAUUAUACCUACUUGCACAUAGCCUGUUAUGCUCCAGUAAUCAUGUGUUGCAAAGAAUAUAAAAUGAGAAUUAAAGAAAAAAAAGGAUCACUGAACAGUAAAGGAAGCCUGUUUAUAAUCUGUGUAUGAACUCACGAUGGGGUAUAGCUCUUGCCAGUAACUGCCCCUGAAGUUGCUUGCCUUCAUUAUAUUUUUAUGAGCUAGUUUUGCACGUGGCAGUGAGCAAUAUUUUUUCUUGCUAAUAAGGCUCAUUUUCAUGGAGGAAAUAUUUUACAAAAGAACAGAUGUGUCUAUACUGUAUUUAUAAAUUUUGUAUCUGAAUAAAAUUGCACAUCACAUUUGCUCUUUCACUUGCUAA